CUGGCUCUUAAGAAAUAGCUCUCAAUGGGUAAAGGUUCAGAUUAACUUCACAUGGUGACAGUUUAUAGGCAAAAUAUGGUGCCUGUUAGCAAAACAAACCCUUAGAGAAAACCCCCUCCGAGGGGAGGCUGUCAGAGGCAGCGGUAUGGGAGAAAGAGGGCUGAGAAGGAGAGGACAAUCAAAGGCUGCUAUUUUAAUCUGUCCUGCCUCGGAGAUUAGCCGACCACAUUGUUUUAAUUGUUUUAACGGGAGGGAAUGAAACGCUCGCUUAUAGGGGGAUCCUUGGCAUAAAUCUCUCAAGUUCAAUAGUUUCAAAAACUUGAGCCCCUUGCAACCCCCCUCUCUUCCCUCAUCCCACCUAAUCCCGGCUAAUACCUUUCUUUCUAUUGGCUAAUGGCUAAGGGGAGCCUGGGUAAAUGCUUCUUAAAUAGUCGUGGGUGAGAAUGGUUUCGGAGAAUUAGAUCCGUGCCUCGACAAAGAGCGCUUCUGUGCAGGAUAAGGCCCAAACUGGACUGGGAAAUAUUGGACUAACAGCUCGCGUCGGUGCGUAAAGGCGCACCUGGACUUCAUCCUCGGGAUUUGGAUAUCAGCAACAACAUGAACUCCUUGAAUUUCUGCUGGCAGUCCAGCGGAGGUGUGUAUCCUCUCCGCGGUGUGAACUCGAUGCUGUUCGACCUGCACCACCAGAUGGCGGAACAGUACCACGUUUACUCUGCAGCCAGUCCCACAGCGCACACCCUGUCUGUGGCGGAGAGGCUGGCAGAGCUCAUACUGGAGGCUCGCUAUGGCAACCAGCAGAAGCAGCGCCGCAGCCGCACGGCGUUCACCGUGUCCCAGCUGCAGGCUCUGGAGAAAGCCUUCCAACAGACACAGUAUCCUGAUGUCAGCAUGAGAGAGAGGCUGGCUAUCUGCAUCAACCUGCCUGAGGCUCGCAUUCAGGUGUGGUUCAAGAACAGGAGGGCAAAGUUUCGUAAAGGUCAGAGGUGCUCCCCGCCCUCCAGAGACCACAGUCUGGAGGAGGCGCCACCCCGCAGCAAAGUGAGACAGGAGGAAGACAAACAGGACAUCUCAGCAUCACAGACCGACAGCAACGUCCCUCCUCCUCGCUGCCCUCCUCCGGCGGAUAAAAGUAGGGAUCUUUGCCCCCCUCUCGCCCCCUGUACAGACUCUGAUGUUCCCAGGUGCCCCCUUCGACUACACUCUCCUCCACUUUUCCCCUUCAUGACAGCGGAGCGUUACAGCCACGCACCUCACCAGCCCGUUGUAGGAAUGCUGUCCACCGAGCUCGCCCUCCCCCCGUUGUUUUGGCCCAUCAUUCAGCAGCACAGCUCUGCCCUGGAGGUUCCUCCAUCGUCCGUUACUAAAAACUGUAGCCUCUCCCUUCAGACUGCUUGUUCAAGUAAAGAUGUGCCUCACCCUCACCUGGGGUUGUAACUGUGGACUUACAGACCUGACACAAACAGCAUUUCAGCUCCAUGUGGGCUCUGGUGCACCUGAAGCUGACCUGUGUGGAAGAGGACUACAGACGAGCACUAGAUAUGCAUUUCUGUUUAGUUUUAUUGAAUACCUGUCUGUCUAAAGGGAUGUAAAGCUGUACAGUUGCAUUGUUUGAUAAAUACUUUCAGACAUGUUUUUUUUUAUAAUUAAUAUCUACACACAGGCUGCUUCCUGUUAUCAGCUGUUUCCUUCAUCAUUAUAUCUCUAUAUGUCAUUAUAUAGCCGGCUACACAGCCAGGUAGCUACACAGUAACGACGAUGACUAAAGCAUUUGAGAAAGGCUCCUUAUUGUAACAAAGCACUGCAACAUAGAAAUGUGAAAUAAAGAUAUUUGUACCUCAAUUCUCUGUUUUUUCCUGUGUUUUGUGAGGCUGUAUAAGGUUACUUGUAAUAAUGGCAGUGGGAUGAGUUUCACUCAAUUAAAAAGUAUUUUGGGACUCAAUCAUGAGCAACUGUUUAGUAUAAGUCUCUAAUUCAAUAUUGUUAUUUAUUAGCAGUGGAAUUUUAAUUGUGAUACGAUAAUAACAUGUUAUCAUUUUACUAAAUCCAAUUGUACAGAUUAAUUACUCCAAGUGAACUGUAAUUAAACUCUAACAAUUCAUUCUUAUUUUUUUAUGCACAUGC